ACUUGUAUGGUGGUCGCGCACUCAGACGUGUAACUAUCGACGGAGGAACCCAAGAUCCAGGAUCUAAAAAGAAAAAUCCACAUGUCGAACCUGUACUUGACCAAACGCUAUCAACACUUGAACUUUUAGAGUUCAGGACACGUGUUAUUGCAUAUUAUAAUGCUGUUGACAAAAAUUUCAUAAUUGGGGAAGGAAAACUAUUACAUUACGUGAUUGCUGCUUGCGCUUUGUUAGUUCUUAGAGAGGAAAAGAUUCCGAGAACUCUGAGAGAAAUCGCGUACACUUUGGAGUUGAAUCUGAAUCGCCUUUGUGAUGUUGUGUUUAUGAUUCGAUCUAAAUUUGCCCCAAAUGUUACAAACUUUGUUAGUGUUGAGGAUUUGAUUAUCAGGUCAAUUGGUGUAAUGUUUGAUGAUGAAUUACAUAAAAUCAAUUUCCCGUUAUACACUGAUAUCAAACAACUUUGUCACCUGAAAGAAGAUAUACAAGCUUUUGAAAAAUGUAGAGAAAUAGAUUUGCCGAACAACACAACAUCCGAAGAAUUUCUAGAAAAAAUGACAAAAAUAUAUCGGGUAGUUUUUACUGGGAUAUGCAUGGAGCUCCUCAAAUACGCCAAUGAUGCUUUUAUUUUAAGCGGAAGGCAACCUACCUUCCUCGGUGCCGCAAUCGCUUUGCUCGCAGUUGAAGCAACGGAAAAACCUAGCGUUCACGAAGUUAAAAAGCAUCGAAAACGCGCGAUAGGUCUUAUUAGUAAAAUAUUUAUGGUGGAUUGUCAAUUUGUAUUGUUUGAAAGAUAUCGAGAGCUUCUUGAUGUAAUAUAUCACAAG